AUGGCUCCUCCCGCAGCUGACGAGUCCUUGUCUCAAAGUUACCGAACCUUCCAGGACGCGCCGAGGAGCCGCGGGCCGCCGGGGGCUGGGGCCCGCCUGGGGGACUCCUCGAAAGCAGCUCGCCCCCGGAGCAGCCGGAGGCCGGGCGUGAGCGGCGCGAACCCAGCGGGUGUCUUCCACAACCUUCACCUUGACACCUUCGGAGCUCUGCCUGUGGCCCGGCAGCGAUUCCGAUGCUGGGUGACAGGGAAAUCGGGAAGGGCAGUCUGCCCCCUUGUAAACCCACCCCUGUUCAGGGGACACCUCAGGGAUCAGGUGAGGAAGUGGAGUCUGAACCUAUUUGCCAUCUCUUUCGAAACUGACUGCUCUGUUCUUUCUCUCUCUGAGCAGAAGCUAGCUUAUUACUCCAAGAUGCAGGAAGCCCAAGAGUGCAACGCCAGCCCCAGCGACAGCAGUGGCAGCUCCUCUUUUUCCAGCCAAACCCCGGCCAGUAUAAAGGAGGAAGAAGGCAGCCCGGAGAAGGAGCGCCCACCAGAGGCCGAGUACAUCAACUCCCGCUGCGUGCUCUUCACGUAUUUCCAGGGGGACAUCAGCUCCGUGGUGGACGAGCACUUCAGCAGGGCCCUGAGCCAGCCUAGCAGCUACACCCCAAGCUGUACAAGCAGCAAAGCACCGAGGGGCUCUGGGCCCUGGCGGGGUGAGUAUCAGGCUCCACUGGCGAGGGCCAAAUGGAGAGCCCCCUCAGCCUGGGGUCCGCCUAGAGGGGCUCAGGGGGAUGCAGCUGAAAGAACACUAGGUGCCAGAGAAGAAGUGAGGAGGGGCAUUUGGGAAUGGGGACCCUUCGCGGGCCCCGCGGGGGACGUGGCCCCGGGCCUGGGCCUCAGCGUGGACUCAGCUCGUCGCUACUCCCUCUGUGGUGCGUCCCUCCUGAGCUGACCCGCUGACCAGGGCUCCCCCUUCCCUUUCCCUCCUGACCGGCCAGAAGGCUCAGCAUCUGUGCCACUCACGUCAAGGAUGAAGACACGGGGAAAGGCAGAGACUGCGAACCCCUCCCUGUGUCGGGAAAACCAAAACACACAUCUCAGACAUUUCAUCUGAAAAGAAUUCUUUCUGCCAAAAGAGCAGAUCCAAAGACUCUGAAUUACGUUAAAGACUUUUGGGCAAAUCACUGGAAAUAUCUGUGGUGAGAUCACUUAGGUGAUAGAAGUUUUCUUGGAAGGAGGGAAAGAAAAAAAGGACUUUUCGGUGUGAAUAUUUUUUAUGCUGAUGUGAAUUAUUUCAUUGAGUAGUGUGAUCAUAGCACUACUGAUAUCGGUAUCUUCAGACUUCACGUGUAUUUGUAUUUGCGUUGAAGACUGCGGCAGAGAAUGACAAAGCAGCCGAUGAUUCUUCCUCACCUCGCAGCCUCCAGCUCCCUUCCCGCCCACUCCCUCCCCGCAGCCCCGACUCCAGGCACAAAGACACACUUUCUUCCCUUCGGGUUGUGAACGCGGAAGCCUCAGCCUGAAUGUGAGUGGCAAGUGGAUCGUCUGGAGCCACCUGCCCAAGUCUUACUGAAAUGCAGCUGUUGUAGGACAACUGUUUAAAACUCCAGAAAUACAUCGACCAAGGUGGCACUUCCCAGUGUCUGGCAGAACAAUGGCAAUCGCACUGGAUAUGUUUUAUAUGUGUGUGUGUGUGUACAUCAUAUUUUUUACGAGGAACAUUUUACGAUGAAAGAAGAAACCCUUCUCUGCCUUCUCUCCCACAAAUUUUGUCCCUCGCUCUUUCCUCCCUUGGAUGAAAAAAAAAAAAAAAAAAGCAUCAGGAGACCCCAGCUGUCUCCACGAAGAAGUAGGAGUCACCACCACGGGAAGGGUUGCUCCAUGGAGUCUCCAGUACCUCGGAUGUUUUUCUCAGUCUCUGUGGUCAUGACGUGGUCACUUUAGUGUUGGGACAGAGGAAGGGGUCUGUGUGUGGGCAAAGCUGAAGGAAGCGAGGAAGAAGAAAUAAACAUUAAAGGUGUCUGUUUACUACCAGGCCGCUGUGUUGUUUCAUAGAGAGAAAAUAAAUGUCUUAGAUUUUCUCUAGUAGAAUAAAAUAAUUUAUAGUAUAUGA